UAAUUUUUCUUAAUUAUUAAAUCAAUUUUAUUAGGAUAAAACCACUAAUUGUAUUUUAAUCCUUCUUAAGUUAUAAUGAAGAAAGAUUAGUGUGUGUUUUACUGUUAAGUGAGGUCCGAUCGGUUCUUUAAACCCUAGCUAGCUUUUCGCAGUUUCAGAAGAAACUCAGCUCCGCCCCAAAACCCUACUCUCUUCCGAUCCAAAUUUCCACUCAGAAAUUCUGUUGCCCUAACUUGAUUGGGCAAAGCUUGAAGAAAAAAAUGGCGUUUCUAGCAGCAUCCAAACAACCCCAUUUCAAUUCAAAUAUCACGAAGCUUUCAUCCCCAUUUUCAAUCAAAUCCCUCUUAUUCUGCUCCGCCGCCCCCUCCCCACCCCCGAACCCUAACCCUAACCCAAAUGAAGAACUCCCCGUUUCCGAGAUUCCAAUUGCCGAUUCAUCUUCGGCAAACGCGACGGCGGCUGAGCCGCCGUCGCCGCCAACAUUUCGCCGACAACUCAGGCGCCCAAAAAACCCGGAGAAGAUCGAAGACAUUAUCUGCAGAAUGAUGGCUAAUCGGGCCUGGACGACCCGUUUGCAGAACUCGAUCCGGAAAUUGGUCCCGGCCUUCGACCACGAGCUCGUCUACAAUGUGCUCCACGCCUCCAGGAACUCGGAGCACGCGCUCCAGUUCUUCCGCUGGGUCGAGCGAUCGAGCCUCUUUCAGCACAACAGAGAGACCCACCACAAGAUCAUCGAGAUUUUGGGGAGGGCUUCGAAGCUGAAUCACGCCAGGUGCAUUUUAUUGGAUAUGCCGAAGAAGGGUUUGGAGUGGGACGAGGAUUUGUGGGUUAUGAUGAUCGACAGUUACGGAAAGGCGGGUAUAGUUCAAGAAAGCGUCAAGCUGUUUCAGAAAAUGGAGGAAUUGGGAGUCGAACGCGGUAUAAAGUCCUACAACACUUUAUUCAAGGUGAUCUCGCGUAGGGGAAGGUACAUGAUGGCCAAGCGAUAUUUCAACAAGAUGUUGAGCGAAGGAAUCGAACCCAAUAGGCACACGUUCAAUCUCUUGAUAUGGGGAUUUUUUCUUUCGGGUAAAGUGGAGACUGCGAAUAGGUUCUUCGAGGAUAUGAAGACACGUGAGAUAACGCCCGAUGUGGUCACGUACAACACAUUGAUUAACGGGUACUAUCGGGUCAAGAAAAUGGAUGAAGCGGUAAAGUACUUUACUGAAAUGAAAGGGAGGAAUAUCGAACCGAAUGUGGUUACUUAUACCACCUUGAUUAAAGGGUAUGUUUCGGUUGAGCAAGUUGACGAUGCGUUGAGGCUGGUGGAGGAAAUGAAGGGGUUUGGUAUUAAGCCCAAUGCCAUCACUUACUCUACUUUGUUGCCGGGUCUGUGUGAUGCAGAGAAGAUGUCCGAAGCUAAGACUAUAUUGAGAGAGAUGGUCGAUAAGCAUAUCGGGCCUUUGGAGAAUUCCAUUUUCAUGAGAUUGCUUUAUGGGCAGUGCAAAGUGGGCGAUUUGGAUGCAGCUGCAGAUGUGCUCAAGGCUAUGAUUAAGUUGAGUGUGCCGACCGAAGCUGGGCAUUAUGGAAUCCUGAUCGAGAAUUUCUGCAAGGCUGGUCAAUACGAUAGAGCUGUUAAGUUGCUGGAUAAGCUCGUUGAGAAAGAUAUCAUUUUGAGGUCCGAAAGUACUUUGCACAUGGAGCCCACAUCAUACAAUCCGAUAAUCGAUUAUCUCUGCCAGAACGGCCAAACUGCAAAAGCUGAAGCUUUAGUGCGGCAGCUGAUGAAAUUGGGGGUGCGGGAUUCGGUUGCGUUGAACACUCUGAUUCGUGGGCAUGCGCAAGAAGGGUCGCCCGAUUCUGCUUUCGAGCUUCUGAAAAUCAUGCUUAGGAGAAACGUUCCGACCGAUAAAACUGCGUAUGAUUCGCUUGUCCAAAGCUACUUGACAAAGAAUGACCCAGCCGAGGCGAAAGCAGUUAUCGACAGUAUGGUCGAGAACGGACACAUUCCCGAUUCUUCUCUGUUCAGGUCGGUUAUGGAGAGCUUGUUCGAAGAUGGGCGAGUUCAGACAGCGAGCAGGGUGAUGAAUAUGAUGUUAGAGAAAGGUGUGAACGAGCACGAAGAUUUGAUUUUUAAGAUAUUGGAAGCUCUUUUAAUGAGGGGCCAUGUUGAGGAGGCGCUCGGAAGAAUCGAUUUGCUGAUGCAGAGUGGGAUUGAGCCGGAUUUGGAUGGGCUUUUGUCUGUUUUGUGCGAGAAGGGAAAGACGAUUGCUGCUUUGAAAGUGGUGGACUAUGGUUUGGAGAGGGAUUACACGAUUGAUGUUUCAAGCUACGAGAAGGUUCUUGAUGCUCAAUUGGCUGCUGGAAAGACGCUUAAUGCUUAUUCGAUACUGUGCAAGAUUAUGGGGAAAGGUGGAGUUAGCGAUUGGAGUAGCUGCAAGGACUUGAUCAAGAGUUUGAACGAUGAGGGGAAUACUAAGCAAGCCGAUAUUCUUCGUCGGAUGAUUAAGGGGAAGGAUAAGAAGGUUGAUAUCAAGAAAGGAGAUAAUAAGAAAGCUGCGGUGGCUUGCUAGAUGGUGUGAAGGUAACGGCUUCUCGGUUAUCUUGAGGUGAGAUCUUGAUCCUUUAGAUGCAUAUUACGAGACUUGACAAGAUUCCCGUUUUUUUUUUCUCAGUUUUUUAUAACCGUUUUGUAGCAUAGUGAAGAAUGUUUGUCCAACUCACUGGCGAUUAGUCAUUUCAUAAUGCAGUUAGCUCUCCGUUUAUGCAGGAAUUUUUGUUUUUGUGAUGGGUUACGAAUAAUGGAACUCUUAGAAAUAUGGAGAGAAUGAUUUUUUUUUUCUCAGAGAGCUCUGAUUAAUUACGCUGUUUUGUUGUAAUAUUUUGCUAAUGAUCUAAGUCGGUUUAUCGUU